UGGAGGGUAAAUAGAAGCAGGAGCUCAAAAUGGCGGAGUCGCCGAGCGCUGGUCGUGGCGCCGCGUCGCCCGAGCAGGAGGCGUUCGGCGCCAGGCCGGCCCCGGACGUGAAGGUUUCCCGUGGGUCCCAGCCAGCCGCCAAGAAGAUGAAGGGAGCUGACGAGAGAAGCGUGAAGGGUACUAAGCGCGUCAACGGUGAAGGGGGCGGUGGUGGCGGCAGCGGCGGGAGCGGCAAGCUGCCGCUGCCAGCGGUCGUGCCGAGCUACAGCAACCCCGCGGCGUGGGGCUUCCCCGCGCUCCCUUCUGGCCCCUCUGGGAGCGUGGGGGGCUUCGCCUUCCCUUCUCAGCUGCCCCGGAAGCUGCUGUCGCCCGCUGUUUUGCUGCCGUCGGCCGCCCCCCCCUCCUCUUCCUACCAGCAGCACCAGCACCGCCACCACCGGCACCGCCUGGCUCUGGCCGUCGAGACGGGAGGCUGCGGCGGCAGCGGGGCGGCCGGCGCUGGCGGCGGGAGCGCCAAGCCGAAGAAGCCCAAGGAGAAGCGGGACAAGGAGAGGAGGAAGCACGGGGCCCUUCCCGUGGUGGCGGCGGUGGGAGAUGGCGGCGGGGGCCUGAGCGCGGCAGGCCGGGAGGAGAACGGAGAAGUGAAGCUGCUGUUGCCGAAAGCUCAAAUCAAAGACAAAAUUAAGGAAAGGGAAAAGAAGCAAAAAGAGAAGAAGAAGCACAAAAUAAUGAAUGAAAUCAAGAAAGAAAAUGGAGAGGUCAAAUUAUUGCAGAAAGGUGGGAAGGAGAAACCAAAAACCAAUGCAGAAGAGCUACAGAUUAAAAAAGUUAAGAAGAAAAAGAAAAAGAAACAUAAAGAGAAUGAGAAGAGGAAGCGUCCAAAAAUGUACAGCAAAUGCAUUCAGACCAUCUGCUCAGGAUUGGUUUCUGAUUUUGAGGAUCAGGAAGCCAAAGGCAUCAUAGAUGAUCAUCUUAAGGAUUUCUGUGGGAAAAAUAUGGAUCCCAAGAAGGACUGUGAGUCCAAGAUACCAGAGAACAGUGAGUUUCCAUUUGUCUCGUUAAAGGAGCCACGGGUUCAAAAUAAACUCAAAAGGUUGGACACAUUGGAGUUCAAACAGCUGAUUCAUAUUGAGCACCAGCCUAACGGAGGUGCAUCAGUUAUCCAUGCCUACAGUAAUGAACUCUCCCACUUAUCUCCUGUGGAGAUGGAGAGAUUUGCAGAAGAGUUUGUGGGUCUGGUUUUUAGUGAAAAUGAAAACUGUGCAGCUUACUAUGUUAUGGGUAUUGUUCAUGGGGCAGCUACUUAUUUACCUGACUUUUUAGACUACUUUUCAUUUAAUUUUCCCAAUUCACCAGUGAAAAUGGAGAUUUUGGGAAAGAAAGAUAUAGAGACAACGACUAUGUCAAAUUUUCAUGCUCAGGUAAAAAGAACAUACUCUCAUGGUACGUAUAGAGCUGGCCCAAUGAGACAGAUCAGCCUGGUUGGAGCAGUUGAUGAGGAGGUGGGGGAUUACUUCCCUGAAUUUCUUGAUAUGUUGGAAGAAUCACCCUUCUUAAAAUGUACACUGCCAUGGGGAACACUUUCUAGUUUAAAAUUAGAGAGUCGUAAAGACAGUGAUGAUGGUCCCAUUAUGUGGGUACGCCCAGGAGAACAGAUGAUCCCUGUGGCUGACAUGCCAAAGUCACCUUUCAAAAGGAAGAGAACUACCAAUGAAAUAAAAAACUUGCAGUACCUACCUCGAACCAGUGAACCCCGUGAAAUGCUAUUUGAAGACCGGACACGAGCCCAUGCAGAUCAUAUAGGACAAGGUUUUGAACGACAGACUACAGCAGCUGUGGGAGUAUUGAAGGCUGUGCACUGUGGAGAGUGGUCUGAGCAGCCUCGUAUAACCAAAGAUGUCAUUUGUUUUCAUGCUGAAGACUUCCUAGAGGUAGUUCAGCGAAUGCAAUUAGAUUUGCAUGAGCCUCCACUCUCACAGUGUGUCCAGUGGGUUGAUGAUGCAAAACUUAAUCAACUGCGAAGGGAAGGCAUUCGAUAUGCCAGAAUUCAGUUAUUUGAUAAUGACAUCUAUUUUAUCCCAAGGAAUGUUGUGCACCAGUUCAAAACAGUUUCAGCUGUGUGCAGUUUGGCUUGGCACAUCCGGCUCAAACUGUAUCAUUCAGAGGAAGAACUUUCACAAAAUACAAGUACUGUUGAAGCAGAGACCUCUGCAGACCCCAAGUCUUCGGUUAUUGGACUUCAGACUGACAGCAGGAUUUGUACGACAAGCAAAAAUACCUCCGAAGACACCAAAUUUUCUGAUGCUCUGCAGACCAAGUAUCUGCAGCAGGAAUUUAUGUCAAUAAAACAUGAACCCAUUGCAUCUCACAGAAUAAAAGAAGAACCCAUGAAUGUUGAUCUUGCUGUAAAAACAGCAGCACCUAAUGACACUGGGGGCCAGAAUGUUCAGACUAAAUUGGAUCAUGUUGAAUUGACGGGAUUUAAGUUGGAAAUGGAUUCUAAAUUUGAACCUGGCAACAAGGACUUGCAAGGCAAGUUAUGCCCUGGAGGUCAUGUACAUCCAGAUGAUACAAGACAACAUAGUUCAUCAUAUCCAAAACUGCAUGGACAAAGAGAGGAUGAUUUUUUGUGCUAAAUUUGUAUAUAUGGUUUUAAAUUCCUUUUUAAACUUAAUGAUGUAAUAAUGUAAAGAUUCAUAAAUUCUGUGGGGCAAGUUUGUGACUUGCCUUCGCAUCUGUUACAGAAAAUAGUUAUGUAGCUUUGUAACAUUCCUCAGUGCCUGUCCAUAACUGUGAAGUAUCAAAGCACUUAGGGCCAGAUGCACUGUAAACACUGCAGGUUUAACAUAAAGAAGUCUUUAAAUAAUUUUGAGUUGUAGGUUUUAGAGUAGAGCUGACAUUUAACAUAUAUAUUUUUUGUAAGAUGAGCCAGAAUUCUUUUUGACAAUUCCAGGCUUUUCCAUAGAGCUUAUUUAUACCAAUUUUUUCAUUUUAAAUGUGUCAGCACUGUAGUGUAAAUAUCUUUUUUAAAAAUCUUUUUAGUGUGAUUUAUACUGAAAUGUGAGCCGCUUAAUAAAGGUUCAUAAUAACAGAUUGGUUUUAUUUUUGGGUCUGCAAAAAACAGUUCAGUUCAACUGCCUCUCUAAAUGGUUACGUUUCUACCUGCACUAACGCAUAGGAUGCCCUUACACCACUGCGGGGUGAGGAGCUGUAGCAAACUGAGGUAGAGUUGAGGCAUUCUUUGUAAAUUGAGAUUAGUCAGAAUACAAAAGCAGUCCUCCCUUCACAGGAUUCCUUACAGUUGCUCACUGAAGACACUCCUCAAAGUCCUGCUCUCAGAUGUUAAUGUGGAACAGAGAGGCAAACCUUCCCCUGUCCUGGAGGGCAGCUGGACACCUGAUGGGCUCCUGGAGCACUCCCAGUAACUCUGUACAUCUCUCCAGAUAAGCUGGUGCAAGGGAGCAAACUCUCUUCCAUGCUCACCUCUUCCCCUGCUCAAGCAGGGGACACUUCCAUUUCACAUGAAGAACAACAACCACUGCCAACCAUCAACUUAAAUUAGUUAUCUGACUAAAAUUAAAACAAAGAAUAUUUAAAUGGUUACUUACGAAACUAUAAAGGCCUCAAUUUUAGUAGUGACCUGUAAGUCAUGGAGACACAUCUGGAUUUUAAUUGCUCCCUAUGCUGAUGCUGAUAGUGCCAGGCAAUAAAGAUAUUCACCAGUGUGUCUAGUAGGAAGAAUCCUCACAAGCUCCAGUUUGGAAGCAAGAGUUAUUUCAUUAAGAAAAUAAUAGUGGUGUCCAAGUUAACUUUCUCCUCUCUCCCUGCCUAUGGAGCACUUGAAUUCUCUUAAGCUGUGUUCUGAGGGGAGAGGAUUUCAAGGCUAGCUAGCAUCUGAUGUGGUAAUGGCAAAAUCUCUGUCCUUUAACUUAUUUAAUUCCUUGUUUAACGUAUUACUGUAUAGUUCAAACACAUCUGAAUGAUGAUUCUUUUUCAGGUAGCUACAAAUACCAGUAAACUGCCCUACAGCCUGUCCUUCAAUUAAGCAUUUAAACUUAAGAUCCUAAGCCUGUUGUUAUUUCCGAAGUCAUCUGUAUCUCUUUUUUUUGUUUGUUUUUAAUUUUUCCCUAUAACUUUUUGCAAGUUGUACAUCCCUACAUGCCCAAGUUAUAACCUUUGAUGCACUUAGAUCACCUUCGCUUCAUUUGUAGCAAUGGAACAACGUCAUUUCCAGGUGAUGUCUAAUUCAACUACCUGAGGCCCUUUUGUUGCAAAUGUUUUUUGCUUAUAGAUUGUUAAAAUUAAAAAUGUUACUGUGUAGUGAUGCCUGGCACUAAAAUCAGCCAUUUUAUGGAUGAGUGCCCCGAUUUGUUUAAAUGUAAAAUAGGUCUGUCAAAGAAUUAUUAAUUAAAUCAGUAUUUGAAUUGUGAAACAACUCCUUCAUAGCCAUAAUUACAUAUUAGAGAAGCAAUAGAAACAUGAAUCUCUUGGAUGUGGCCAAUAUGUCCUUAAGUCUUACUGCUGUUUUCUUUCAUGUUGGCUUAGAGAUUACUACCAAUUUUGCAGCCUCAGGGAUCUUGCUUUCCCCUCAUGCCAUGAGCAAAUAAUUCGUGUGUGACAUAGCAAGUUACUACUCUGGCAGAUUCUGAUAUGGAAAAUUAAUUGGUUCAUGUAAGGAUUUGAGCCUUCCUGAUAGUACAAAUGUGGUCUCAGCUCCCUUUGUGUUUUCUAGAUUAUCUGGCAACUUCCACCAGUAAUCUCUUUGGCUUUAUGAAAAUCUGUAUACAAUUACGUAGCCUUCCAUUCCCCUUCUCUGUGCCAGCUAUUGGAGAACAGUAAAAGAAGAGCUGCAGGUUGUAGUUUGCAUCAAGCAUGCAGCUUUCUAAGUGGGUUAGCAGAAGGCUCCAGCUAUAUCAAAAUCAGCCUUCCCAGAUACUGCUUUUUAAAAAACCAAACCCAACCACUAAAACCAAAACACCCCACAACAAUAGAAUUAAAAAAAAUUAAACAUCUUACGUGUGUGUUGGCAGUCCAGAUGCUGACCAUUAAUUCUGGUUCAAGUAUUUUAAGUCUGUACAAUUUUAAAGUGUAUACAUCCCCUCUGACAGCUAACAACUGUUUGUAUCAUAGGCCCUGUCCAGAAUGAAAAAGAGAAAUCUUUGGAAAUAGUUUAGCAAACAUGACUUUACACUUAAAGAGUAGAACUUUGUUUCCUUUUGAAGACCUGCUCAGCGGUCUUGGCUGAUGCAGCCUCAAACUUCUGCUCAGGUAUGUUUUGGUUCUGAAAUUUUUCUUUUAAACUGCCUACGUCUUCAACCCAUUAUUUUUCUUUAUCACUUCCAAAAUUUGAAGAUUUUUUAAAAGUGGCAGAUAUUGUAAUUUUUAUGCAUCCUUUAUUUUUGCUUUUUGAGUUAGACUAGACUCUCAUUCUUGGCCAAAAUUCAUUGCAAACAGAAUAUAAACAGUACCAGGAUUACCAAUGGCUUUCAGAACUCCCUUUGUAUUCAAAGGUGUAAACAGUCUGGGCUAACUGGCUAUAUUGUGUACUUCUUACUUUGUUUUAAAAACAAACAAAAAAACACAACAAAAAAAAAGUUUGUCCUUUGCCUGUGGUGUGUUCAUUUUGAUGCAGUUGCUCUUUAAGAGGAGAGGACCUUUUCUGAGAAUUUCAGCUCUAAAACUGUUCAUUAGUCUGACAAAGGUCUGGCUUUGCUUUGGAGUGGUCCAGUGCUAUAACCUUUAUUCCUGCUGCAUCCAACUUCAUACUCAGACUUUUGCUUCAGCAAUAAAACUUUUAUGCCUUCUGAUGUACUGAAACUAGUAUUUGCUUAUUGCUUUCCCCCCCCCCCCUUCUCCCUGUAUUUUAGUUAUAUAUAGAUCUUGUUAUUUCGGCUGGAAUCUCCAGUGUUCCAGUUGUCUUUCUUGGCCCAUGUUCUUCUGCAGAUUGGAGAAAUCUGCUUAAGGCCCCAUUGCCUGUGCUGCAGUGGUAUUGCCAUCUGUGCGUUUGCAGUGGUGUUCCAGUUGAUGACAUGAUGUGCAGAAAUUUAGAUGUUUUCCUAGAUAGUGGUACCAUAUUUGUGGGUAGCAAAGAAUUGCAUUGUUACCGUCGCUCCCACUAGCUUUCAAGAGGGUAGCUACUUUUGUUUUUUAAAAAUUACUGGAUCUUUUACAUUUCAGUGGCAACUGACUUCACGUGUUACAAACGAGUGUUACUCAGUGUUGUGUCACCCCCAGCCCUCCAAAUGCCUGCAAAUUGACUCUGAAACAGCAUUUUCAUUACAGGUACUGCUGGCAUGCAGAUUUUUCCUUCCUUGUUACUAUAGUGAAUAUUUCAAUACUACUUUAACUGAGAUAUUAAUUCUAUCUAGUAUUAGAAAUAAAGUAUUAUUUCAGAGGGUGAUGAUUUAAUUAUUAAUCUGUGAAAGAAUUCUUUGGUGAUAAAUAAAAUUGAUUUUCAAGCAGAUGUACAUGUGCACAGUAAAUAAGUUGACAUGGCAAACAUUGUAGGAAAUGGAAACAUCAAAUAGUAGAAUGCUGUGAAACAUACAGACAUUACGAAUGCGGAAAAUUGCAUAAGUCUUCCAAGAAACACAGUGCUGGUAUUUAUUGAUAAAAAUUACUGUUUUAUAACACCUGCAUGUGAAUAAGGAUGCUGAAUUGAUGAAAAUAAAUUCAUGUUUUUUCUGUGCUCUUUGGGGAAAUAAACUCUUCUGAGAUAUAGUAGACCACCACCUGACUCUACUAGAUGAAAACUCUACUCCAGUCAAGAACUUUGUAGGCUUCUUCAAUAUAAUUUUAUUUGUUUUUCCUAGUGGCCAGAUAUGUAGAGAGCCUUGUCUGUAGGCAGAUCAGGGCCUGUUAACUGUCUGUGAAUGUGUACAUGUUGGAAAUGGAGAGGACAGAUUUUCACUGAUCUGUGCUUUGCUGUGAAUGACACUGUUGAGAAUAUUUUCUUUCAUUGUGAGUCACUGUGUUCAACUGAUACUUUAUUACUUUCUCAAAUGGAUGAAAUGCACUUUACAAACUGUAAUAGGUGAUACUGGUAUUUUGUGCAGAUCCCACUGAAUUUGCAGCACACAUGGGAAAAUUUGGGAAACUGAUUCCUAUCAGUCACUCUUUUCAUUUUUAGAACUGCAAAUUAUUAUGUGUUCUGCUCAGAAGCAGUGAUUAACUUCACAGUAUUUAGGUUGUUAUUUCUAUUAGAAUCAUCGGGGAUAAUGACUUUGCAAAUUUAGUGUAUUCUAUUCUAACCACUGUUUUUCUCUGUGCUAUGAUGCUAAUGUUUCCUCUGCUUUGGAGCUGUGCUAUACUUGAGUGCCAGCUAAAGAUUGAUCUUAUGUUCUGGUCAUGCUGAUAGAUGAGCCUAUUGAUGAGGGCAUUAGUCCUAAAUAGUCCUUUAAUAUUUGGUGUACAGUUAUGAUAAUCUGAUACAGAUGUUGAUUAAAACAGCAGUUUAAACUUC